AUCUUUGUGUGACCCGGGGUCGGGCAUGUAUGUCCUGAGGAUAAUGUGUAAGCAGGUUUGCACCAGGGGCCAGCCCAGCAGCUUGGUGCAGUAAGCAGCAGCAUCAGUGAGAGCAGGUUGACUUGGCUGAAGUCUCUGUGGGCUCACCCAGGAUCUAUUUCCACACUGUGAAGGACGUGACCGUUAACCCUGCAGUUGCUGCCUUGAUCUAUCUCUAUCUAUAUCUCGUAUCGCGAGAUCGAUCUCAGCUCUAGUCUCUCUCUCUCUCUAUUCUAUCUCCUCUCUCUCUCUCUCUCUCUCUCUCUCUAUCUCUCUAUCCUCUCUCUCUCUCUCUCUCUCUCUCUCUCUCUCUCUCUCUCUCUCUCAGUCAGUCAGUCUCUCUCUCUCGCUCUGUCUCUGUCCUCGCUCCCCUCCCUCAGCAUAUUCAAAUGAGAGGUGGAGGAUAAUAAAAUGUUCCCACGUCAGACAGGGCAGUUUUAUCAGAAAGACAAUGGGAGAGGUUGUAGUGGCGGUGUGGUCAGAUGCAUAUCAAAAUAGUAGAGGGUUAAAGGAGAAAGAAAGUGGGCUAACUUGGCUUGAGCCGAAAUGAAAGGCCAUUGUGUCAUGAAUAAAAUACACACUACUCUAAGUGGGACAGCAUUAUAUGCAUUUGCAAGCUUGUUUGUUUUAAGAUUACCACGAGACAGAUGUACUGGUUUUCCAUAUAAAAGCAUUUAUAUGUCACACAUUGAGGUGGCAUGAUUGACAGGUCUUGUUAAGGAUUUUUACCUCUGUGUUGGAGUGGAGUUAACAGAGAAAGUGCAAUUAGGUUUCUAGCACUACCCAGAGUUGACUUGUGGUUAGUGUUGCUGCGGUGCUUGAUCUCUAGGUGUGGAGAGAGGCGUUGCUUUGUGAGGAGGUGUGGGAGAGAGCCAAGCAGGGGAGAGGAGAGGCAGCCAAGUUGAGUACGGCUAGUGUACAUACCAGGAGGCUUGAUCUGAAGGAAUGUCAUUUGAAUGCGUUGCUCUUAUAGAGAAUAAUCCCACUGGCCUCACCCCCUGCUGGGUCUCCCUGGCAGAUGGAGAGGGGAGGCUUUCUUUCGUGUUUGUGCUUGUGUAUGUGUGUUUAUAAAUGGACAAAUCAGGGAGGACUUGUGUUGCCGAGCCCCCCUCCCCCGCGCAUUGCAAGCUUCAGUCGAUCAUUUUAAUCUCCCCCACCCCACACACACACGUGAGCGAGGGGACAGCCUUUCCUGAAACUUGGCACACAGUAAAGGGUGGGGUAACCGGCUCAGACCGGAUUGACAAACCUCCUUUUUUAAUACCAUUCCCUCGCAGCUUGUCCUCCUCCUCCAGUGAGGUUUUUCCAUGGGGUCUGUAACCCUCCCGUCCCCCUCCUCCCCUAACUGACACAGAGCGACGCACACGCUGCUGUACAGUCCCGGCCCUGCUCCUCCCAGCAUGCACUCUGAUCCUCCCUGCUCUCCCUCAAACUGCCCUUCACUCUCUCAUGGUAAUAGGUUCAGCAGUGGGCCAAUACAUCCAGCAUUCCAGAUACAGCAUGGAUGACGGCUAUCUCAACACUGACUAUGUAUGGGAGAUGUUGGCCAAAAAGGAUGUAUGCCAUAGCUAUACUGUAGUUUCUAUUAGAUUGGUCUGUAAAGACAGUAUGUGGGCCAGUAGCUGUUCGUCAAUGAAAUCAAUGGUAUCUGUAGUGUUGUACGGUGGUGAUGUUACAACAUGGCUCACCUCCAGGGUCUUCAGGCUCUUUAAUGAAUUCUGGGGCCUGGUGUUGUAGAGGACUGUAGUGAUGGGAUAUUGACAGAGAAAUCAGCUGUUUUUGUAAACUUUGGGUUCUUCAGCUAAACUGGCCAAUAGGAACUCUGACGUGAUUUAAUAGUGAUUGAUCGACAGUAUCAACUUUUAUUCGGUGUUGGUUCUAGGGCUGUGAAGAUACCAGGAUCGCAAUAUUUUUUCCAUGACAAAAAUUAAAACACGAAGCAGUUCAAACUCUUUGGUCCUUUAAAAACCUGUUGUAUGUAAGAUAUUGUGGGCUAUAGCUUGGAAAAUAAUUAAUGUGACUCUGGAUGACAACAUAAUGAUAUUUGUUUCCAACAUUAGGGCUGUUUUCCUAAGAAAGUUACUUUUGCUUCGUGUUUUGUUUCCUUGCCACGACACAAACGAGUAUCGCAAUACUGGUAUCGUCCGGACCUAGUUAGUUCAAUGUAAUUGAAUUGAAAUGAUGUGGAAGAAACGCUGAUUCAGCCAGUGUGUGCCCAGUGGGUAGUGUGUCACGCCACAUUAUUGUGGCAUUAGUGAGCAACAUUUUAACACUUGCCAAUAUUAUUUGUAUUUUCUCAGGUGUGAAGGUUGAAGCCUGCCGGAGCACUUUAAAUUACUUUCUUACACCAUUUCUAAAUAACCACCAACCCUUACCCUGAGGCACUUCUUGUAGAUCUGGGUGGAUGGAAGAAUUACAGAGAAAAUUCCACCUAGCCUACCACGUGGUCAGGGCCGUAACCAGGGUUUGAGUUUUAGUGAGGUCUGGAAGUUGAAGAUCAUUUAAUGCAUUCUAUACACUAAAAAAAAUACGUUUAUAUGCUAUUUGGAGAAGAGCAAAAACAAGCAAAAAUGACUCCAGCCAUUAUCGCCUUGGCUAGUGUAGGUUCAUUCGCCUCAGUCAAUUUAGAAACACAUAUCCUAAUAGCAGAGGAGGCAUGUUGGGAGGAGCUACUGUGGCUUGCGAAAGUAUACACCCCCCUUCCUAUUUUGUUGCCUUACAACCUGGAAUUAAAAUGGAUUUAUUUGGGGUUUGUAUCAUUUGAUUUACACAACAGGCCUACUACUUUGAAGAUGCAAAAUAUUUUUUAUUGAUAAACAAACAAGAAAUAAGACAAAAAAACUGAACUUGAGCGUGCAUAACUAUUCACCCCCCCAAAGUCACUACUUUGUAGAGCCACCUUUUGCAGCAAUUACAGCUGCAAGUCUCUUGGGGUAUGUCUCUAUAACCUUGCCACAUCCAGCCACUGGGAUUUUGGCCUAUUCUUCAAGGCAAAACUGCUCCAGCUCCUUCAAGUUGGAUGGGUUCCGCUGGUGUACAGUAAUCUUUAAGUCAUACCACAUAUUCUCAAUUGGAUUGUUGUCUGGGCUUUGAUUAGGCCAUUCCAAGACAUUAAAAUGUUUCCCCUUAAACCACUCGAGUGUUGCUUUAGCAGUAUGCUUAGGGUCAUUGUCCUGCUGGAAGGUGAACCUCCGCCCCAGUCUCAAAUCUCUGGAAAACUGAAACAGGUUUCCCUCCAAGAAUUUCCCUUUAUCUAGCGCCAUCCAUCAUUCCUUCAAUUCUGACCAGUUUCCCAGUCCCUGCCGAUGAAAAACAUCCCCACAGCAUGAUGUUGCCACCACCAUGCUUCACUGUGGGAAUGGUGUUCUCGGGGUGAUGAGAGGUGUUGGGUUUGCACCAGACAUAGUGUUUUCCUUGAUGGCCAAAAAGCUCAAUUUUAGUCUCAUCUGACCGGAGUACUUUCUUCCAUAUGUUUGGGGAGUUUCCCACAUUCCUUUUGGCGAACACUUAACGUGUUUGCUUAUUUUUUUCUUUAAGCAAUGGCUUUUUUCUGGCCACUCUUCCGUAAAGCCCAGCUCUGUGGAGUGUAUAGCUUAAAGUGGUCCUAUGGACAGAUACUCCAAUCUCCGCUGUGGAGCUUUGCAUCUCCUUCAGGGUUAUCUUUGGUCUCUUUGUUGCCUCUGAUUAAUGCCCUCCUUGCCUGGUCUGUGAGUUUUGGUGGGCGGCCCUCUCUUGGCAGGUUUGUUGUGGUGCCAUAUUCUUUCCAUUUUUUAAUAAUGGAUUUAAUGGUGCUCCGUGGGAUGUUCAAAGUUUCGGAUAUUAUUUUAUAACCCAACCCUGAUCUGUACUUCUCCACAACUUUGUCCCUGACCUGUUUGGAGAGCUCCUUGGUCUUCAUGGUGCUGCUUGCUUGGUGGUGCCCCUGGCUUAGUGAUGUUGCAGACUCUGGGGCCUUUCAGAACAGGUGUAUAUAUAAUGAGAUCAUGUGACAGAUCAUGUGACACUUAGAUUGCACACAGGGUGGACUUUAUUUAACUAAUUAUGUGACUUCUGAAGGUAAUUGGUUGCACCAGAUCUUAUCUAGGGGCUUCAUAGCAAAGGGGGUGAAUACAUAUGCACGCACCACUUUUCUGUUAUUUAUUUUUUAGGAUUUUUUUAAACAAGUUAUUUCACUUCACCAAUUUGGACUAUUUUGUGUAUGUCCAUUACAUGAAAUCCAAAUAAAAAUCCUUUUAAAUUACAGGUUGUAAUGCAACAAAAUAGGAGGGGGAUGAAUACUUUUGCAAGGCACUGUAUAGGAGGAUGGACUCAUUGUAAAGACUGGAAUGGUAUAAAUGGAACGGUAUCAAACACAUCAAACAUAUGGAAACCACAUGUUAGACUCAGUUCCAUUGAUUCCAUUCCAGCCAUUACAAUGAGCCCGUCCUCCUGUAGCUCCUCCCACCAGCUAUUAGCUAUACAAUUGUAAUGUUAUACCCCUGAAAGGGGGGAAAUAUGAGAAAUUAUUCACACUGACAAGUAGCAGCAGCGACUCUUUACAUAGAUACAGUGCAUUCGGAAAGUAUUCAGACCCCUUGACUUUUUCCACAUUUUGUUACGUUACAGCCUUAUUCUAAAAUGGAUUUAAUAAACACUUUUCCUCAUCAAUCUUAGCACAAUACACCAUAAUGACAAAGCAAAAACAAGUUUUUAGACCUUUUUGCAAAUUUACAGAAAUACCUUAUUUACAUAAGUAUUCAGACCAUUUGCUAUGAGACUCGAAAUUGAGCUCAGGUGCAUCCUGUUUCCAUUGACCAUCCUUGAGAUGUUUCUACAACUUGAUUGGAGUCCACCUGUGGUAAAUUAAAUUGAUUGGACAUGAUUUGGAAAGGCACACACCUGUCUGUAUAAGGUCCCACAGUUGACAACGCACGUCAGAGCAAGAACCAAGCCAUGAGGUUGAAGGAAUUGUCCGUAGAGCUCCGAGACAGGAUUGUGUCGAGGCACAGAUCUGGAGAAGGGUACCAAAAAAUGUCUGCAGCAUUGAAGCUCCCCAAGAUCACAGUGGCCUCCAUAAUUCUUAAAUGGAAGAAGUUUGGAACCACCAAGACUCUUGCUAGAACUGGCCGCCCGGCCAAACUGAGCAAUCGGGGGAGAAGGGAGGUGACCAAGAACCCGAUGGAGCUCCAGAGUUCCUCUGUAGAGAUGGAAGAAACUUCCAGAAGGACAACCAUCUCUGCAGCACUUCACCAAUCAGGCCUUUAUGGUAGAGUGGCCAGACGGUAGCCAUUCCUCAGUAACAGGCACAUGACAGCCUGCUUGGAGUUUGCCAAAAGGCACCUAAAGACUCUCAGAUCAUGAGAAACAAGAUUCUUUGGUCUGAUGAAACCAAGAUUGAACUCUUUGGCCUGAAUGCCAAGCGUCACUUCUGGAGGAAACCUUGCACCAUCCCUAUAGUGAAGCAUGGUGAUGGCAGCAUCAUGCUGUGGUGAUGUUUUUCAGUGGCAGGGACUGGGAGACUAGUCAGGAUCGAGGGAAAGAUGAAUGGAGCAAAGUACAGAAAGAUCCUUGAUGAAAACUUGCUCCAGGACCUCAGACUGGGGCGAAGGUUCACCUUCCAACAGGACAACGACCCUAAGCACACAGCCAAGACAACGCAGGAGUGGCUUCGGGACAAUUCUCUGAAUGUCAUUGAGUGGCCCAGCCAGAGCCCGAUCGAACAUCUCUGGAGAGACCUGAAAAUAGCUGUGCAGCAGCGCUCCCCAUCCAACCUGACAGAGCUUGAGAGGAUCUGCAGAGAAGAAUGGGAGAAACUACUCAAAUACAGGUGUGCCAAGCUUGUAGCGUCAUACCCAAGAAGACUCAAGGCUGUAAUCGCUGCCAAAAAUGCUUCAACAAAGUACUGAGUAAAGGGUCUGAAUACUUAUGUAAACAUAAUAUUUAAGUAGUUUUUUAUAUACAUUUGCAAACAUUUCUAAAAACCGGUUUUUGCUUUGUCAUUAUGGGGUAUUGUGUGUAAACAAUUUAAUAAAUUUUAGAAUAAGGCUGUAACGUAACAAUGUGGAAAAAGUUAAGGGGUCUGAAUACUUUCCCAAUGCGCUGUAUCUCUUUUCUCAAAUUACAUAGCGUUCACAUUUGUAUUCCUAGCCAUUACUAAUCAAGCUCCGCACAGACAGACAUCAAUAGAGCACGCAGAUGAUCGUAUUAUCACAUACAAAUUAAUUAUUAGAAUAUUACUUAUGAUUCUGUAUUAAUAUCAGUGAUGUAGUGGUAAAAAAAAGGUGGGUAGUGGGUAAACUAUAAACUCCAUGUGCUGCUAAAAAGGCAAAUCCGGGAGGUAAAUCUGGGGAGUGCAGGCGAACAUAACGAACAAACCACUGUUCGUGAUUCCAAUCGUUCGCAAACAGGCAGGCGCGAUUAGAACUCAGUCCGAUCAAGAAUAUAAGCGUCCUGAGCAUUGAUGAACACUGGGAGCAAUAUUUAGAUGUUGAUCCGUAAUUGAUUUCCUUUAUUGUGUACAAAAUAUAUAUUUAUAUUAUUAUACUUUUUUUCAAAUUAGAAAGAAAUAUAGUGGUCCGGACCUCUGUGUCCCCAUAUGUAGUUACGGCCCUGCACGUGGUGUUAUUACCAUAUUGCCACUGUAAUAACUACCAAAUCGCUAGGAGUAUGGGCUAGGAAUUGAAUUGGGCAUCUGUGUAUUUUUGUUUUAAAGACUGAGAACUGAUUCUCUCCUCAUCCUUUUCUCCCCCUCUUCUUCCUUCCUCAGACAGGCAGACGGACAGACGGCAGGACGGACACUCGGGCGGCGGCUGUGAUUGGCGGCUCAGCGGCAGGCUGGUGGAAGAUGUCGUUGGGAGCCGGUGGGAGGGGCGGGCGGCGGCUCAGGGGCACUGGGGGUGGGGGAGGAGGGAGAGGGGAGGCGGCGGAGGAGGGCCCGGUGGGCAUCCCCUUCCCCGAGCACAGCGCAGACAUCCUGGGCAGCCUAAACAAGCAGCGCCUCAGCGGCCUGCUGUGCGACGUUCUCCUGGUAAACCAGGAGAGAGAGUUCCCCGCCCACCGCUCGGUCCUGGCCUCCUGCAGCUCCUACUUCCACAAGCUGUUCACCUCUGGCCCCACUGCCGACCAGCAGCACAUCUACUCCAUUGACUUUGUGGCGGCCGAGGCCCUGGGCGCCCUGCUGGAUUUUGCCUACACAGCCACGCUGACCGUCAGCCACAGCUCCGUGGGAGACAUCCUGGCCGCUGCCCGCCUGCUGGAGAUCUCGCCCGUCCAGGAAGUCUGCACUCACCUGCUGGACACCAAAGUGCUCUCCCCGCCGGUAGGCUGGUCAUCAUGACAACGCUAACUUACUAACACUCUGUCAACAGUCUCUGUUUUACCAUUACAUUACAUCACAGGCCUUGCAUCAAAAUAUGGUCACUUAGCAAACGCUCUUAUCCAAAGUGACUGAAAGUUAAAAUACAUGUAUUCAGUAUGGCCUCUGUAGAAAUUAGUCGAACCACUCUUGUUUUGAGUUGUUAAAACUAUUUUGUUGUAAGUGCCAUAAUGGAGCUCCAUCCAACUCCGCCACCACAGACCACGUACCACACAACCUCAUCGCGUCACGCUAACAAACUAACACUCAGUCAUCAGUCUUUGUCUGGCCAUCACAUCAUGCUCUUUAUUAGUGUCUCUCUCACACACUGCCAAACACACAUCCACACCCUGGGGUCACAAUAACACUGACCUCUAAACAUUUACCCAUGCUGAGCCAACACCAGUCUCUCAGUCUCAGGACAUGGUGCUCUUUCACAAGCUGCAUUCUACAGACAAAACAUAUCGCAGUUAAGCUCCAACCUUCACAUGGCGGGGAGCGUGUAGAAUAGAAGUAGCAUGUCCAUAUUCAUGAUCAUGUACAGUACCAGUCAAAAGUUUGGACACACCUACACAUUCAAGGGUUUUUCUUUAUUUUUACUAUUUUUUUUAUAUUGUAGAAUAAUAGUGAAGACAUCAACAUUAUGAAAUAACAGAUAUGGACUCAUGUAGUAUCCAAACAAGUGUUAAACAAAUCAAAAUAUUUUUUUACAUUUGAGAUUCUUCAAAUAGCCACCCUUUGCCUUGAUGACAGCUUUGCACACUCUUGGCAUUCUCUCAAUCAGCUUCAUGAGGUAGUCUACCUGAAAUGCAUUUCAAUUAACAGGUGUGCCUUGUUAAAAGUUAAUUUGUGGAAUUUCUUUCCUUCUUAAUGCGUUUGAGCCAAUCAGUUGUGUUGUGACAAGGUAAGGGUGGUAUACAGAAGAUAGCCCUAUUUGGUAAAAUACCAAGUCCAUAUUAUGGCAAGAACAGCUCAAAUAAGCAAAGAGAAACGACAGUCCAUCAAUACUUUAGGACACGAAUGUCAGUCAAUAUGGAACAUUUCAAGAACUUUCAAAGUUUCUUCAAGUGGAUUCACAAAAACCAUCAAGCGCUAUGAAGAAACUGGCUCUCAUGAGGACCGCCACAGGAAUGGAAGACCCAGAGUUACCUCUGCUGCAGAGGAUAAGUUCAUUAGAGUUACCAGCCUCAGAUAUUGCAGCCCAAAUAAAUGCUUCACAGAGUUCAAGUAACAGACACAUCUCAACAUCAACUGUUCAGAAGGGACUGUGUGAAUCAGUCCUUCAUGGUCGAAUUGCUGCAAAGAAACCACUACUAAAGGACACCAAUAAGAAGAAGAGACUUGCUUGGUCCAAGAAACACAAGCAAUGGACAUUAGACCGGUGGAAAUGUGUCCUUUGGUCUGGAGUCCAAAUUGGAGGUUUUUAGUUCCAACCACCGUGUCUUUGUGAGACGCAGUGUGGGUGAACGGAUUAUCUCCGCAUGUGUAUUUCCCACCGUAAAGCAUGGAGGAGGAGUUGUUAUGGUGUGGGGGUGCUUUGCUGGUGACACUGUCUGUGAUUUGUUUAGAAUUCAAGGCACACUUAACCAGCAUUGCUACCAUAGCAUUCUGCAGCGAUACGCCAUCCCAUCUGGUUUGGGCUUAGUGGGACUAUCAUUUGUUUUUCAACAGGACAAUGACCCAACACACCUCUAGGCUGUGUAAGGGCUAUUUGACCAAGAAGGAGAGUGAUUGAGUGCUGCAUCAGAUGACCUGGUCUCACAAUCCCCCGACCUCAACCCAAUAAGAUGGUUUGGGAUGAGUCGGACCGCAGAGUGAAGGAAACGCUGCCAACAAGUGCUCAGAAUAUGAAGGUGAAGCUGGUUGAGAGAAUGCCAAGAGUGUGCAAAGCCGUCAUCAAGGGUGGCUAUUUGAAGAAUCUCAAAUAUGAAAUAUAUUUUGAUUUGUUUAACGCUUGUUUGGUUACUACAUUAUUCCAUGUCUGUUAUUUCAUAAUGUUGAUGUCUUCACUAUUAUUCUACAAUGUAGAAAAUAGUAAAAAUAAAGAGUAACCCAUGAAUGGGUAGGUGUGACUGGGUAGAAUGGGUACUUUUGACUGGUACUGUAUGUUUCUGUUGUGUGAAUAUGAUAUGUAUGUGUCCACUCACAUUCUAAACGUUGUAUGAGAGUUAUGGAAUCCUGUUUGUUUUUUCAUAGGCGGGUAGUGAGCGAGGAGAAGAAGAGGAUGAUGAUGAGGAAGAGGAGGGGAAGGGUGGAGGAGGAAGGGGGGAUCAGGGGAAUCGGCUGCGGGCCCAGGAGUAUCUACAGUACUUCCAGAGAGGGGCCCUCUGGAGCAGCAGCUGCAGCACUCCAGAGCUCAGGGACAUGCCCACACACCUGCACUUUAACCACGGCAAUGGGGCCCACAGCAACGGGGCCCCCGGAGGCCCCAGCGAGUACUACUCUCCCCUGCACCUGGCCCAGGCCCCCACACAGGACCCUGAGAAUGAGGAGGAGGAGGAUGAAGAGGACGAAGGGGAGGUGGAGCACUCCGAAAGUGGCAGGGACAUGCUGGCCUGGGCCAGGGGGAACGGAGGGGGGCCAGGGGCCUCUUUAUACACCCCAGCCCAGAACGGCCACUUUUACCUCCCAAUGGAACCCAAACUGGAGCCUGAGGAAGAGGGGGAGGAAGAGGGGGUGCGGGACGAGGAGAGGGGCUCGGCCAGCGCCCUCCUGCAGCAGAUGAUGGACUCCAUCGAGAGGCAGAAGGAGCGGGCCGCGGCCGGGGUGGAGCUGGGGGAGGGGGAGGACCCGGACGUGGAGUUUUACUUGAAUUACUUUAACAGCACGCAGCAUGAUGACGCCACCGCCGUCUCACAGGGACUGCUGCCCCUCUGGGCGGCACGGGGCGGGUCCAGCCGAGAGAGAGGGGGAGGAGAGAGGGGAGGAGAGAGGGGAGGAAAAGGAGGCGAAGAGAGAGGAGGAGGAGGAGGAGGGGAGAGGAAGAUGCGCUCCAAGGCCUUCCAGAAGUGCCCCAUCUGCUCCAAGGUCAUCCAAGGCGCAGGCAAGCUACCCCGCCACAUCCGCACGCACACGGGAGAGAAGCCCUACGAGUGCGGCAUCUGCAAGGUGCGCUUCACCAGGUAAGCCCCAAUUAAUGCACUGACCACCCAUGUCACAUCUACUCAUGGUGAGGAUGCGUGAUGGAGCAAAAACAAGAGCACUGUUGUCCCACAGCCAAGGACACUCCUACUUAGCAUUAGCCAAAUGUUUUCUCUCUGUCAAUUAAUUAGUGUACUAAUGUACUAAUUAAUGUACUAUCCUGAAAUAAAAGUGAGAAACGUUGUUGAAAGCAUAGUAAACUAAUGAUCUCCUAGAUGUCCCCUACCUAUGUGGUAAUGUGGAUCAUUUUGCCAAGACCUUUCUGAAAAACGUUAAUCAGAGAUGAACAUGUUUGAUAUUUCAUCUAGUGGAUUGGAUCAGGGUGUCAUAAAGACGUGUUUUAUAGAGACAUGGCUCAUGGCAAAGUCCUGGAAUGUUAACGGGGUGGUAUAAAAGAGGGUUGUGACACGUUAUCUAGGAGGAAGCUGCUGUAAAGUGUUCUGUUCUGAUACUGACAGGGGGAUUACCAGCAGAGUGGUGCCUUAUCUGUGUCAAUGCCGUCAUUUGAAUUUGUGAUCCCUGGUUUUGUUGAUUAUUGCCCACGGCAGAACCGACUGGACCUCUCUCUCCCCUCCCUCUCCCAACCGACCAGCCCCCUCCCUCUUCCAGAUCUUAGCCAGCUAAUGAAAUCUGUCUGCUCACAGUCAGGCUGCCCAGCUAGCUACAGGCCAGGGUGGACUCCUGGACUAGAGUGUUGUGUCACUGGUCUCCCUGUAUUUAAGAGCACACCUCUUCCUUGAAUCCAUCCCCUUAAUGAAUUAAUCAAUGGACUUGCAUUGGAAAUAGAUGCACACUGGAAAUACCCAGGAUUGGGUUGCAAAGGGAUGGUAUAUAACUGGAAACUUUUGAAGUUUACCAGUAAGCUACCAGAAUUUUGGUAACUUUCAAAUAAUAUAUUUAAUUUUAUCAGAUGACAUCUAGUGGCCUUUUGGAUACUUCAGAUUAUCACAGGUGUCUGUAAUUAUCUCUGGCCCUCUUGUGUGGCCUUAUCACAUGUAAAAUAUAUUAAAAAAUCUAAUAUGAUGAUUUUAAAAUAAAAAAUGGAAUGACAAAACUGUAAAACAUUAUCCUGAAUAUAAACCAUCAACUUAGUGAAUACCAUUAGCGUUUUAAUAUGAGGGUUUCCACAUGAAAUAUCCUUUAUAUCUAUAUACCCUUUGCGAUGGUGGGCGGGCAGGCCUGAUCUAAAUGGGCUUGCUUCUAAAUGCAGCCAGUCGGCAGUGAAGUGGGAAGGGGGUAUUGUAAUCUUAAUCCUAUUUGAUCAGGGUUACGAGUGUGCCGCUUUCGCACUGUAAUAAACCACUCCUGUCCUUUAAUUAUUUCACCCUGUGUCACUGUAUGUGUGUAGAGGUGCGGGGGGGUCAUUGGUGUGUAAGUUAAGGUCAGUGAGUGGGUCUGCCUGGCUACAGUGUAUGUCUUUAUUUACAGUGGCUUUACUAUACCAUAUGUACCUUGUAACUAUGGUAGCAGUAGUGCCCCUAUGUGACUUGUGUGCGUGCUAAGUAGUUGUCCUUACUCCAGAGGUUUGUUUAGGUGCAUUCUGGGUGCUGAAGGGCUGGAUGGCAGACAGACAGACAAACAUUAUGACUGGGUGGGUAGGUGAGGGAAGCUGAAGGACUGAUUAAAGUAGAGGGGCCUGAACAUGGCACUAGUAAGAUGUACAGCUAGCUGUCCUACCUUUACAAGAUAGCACCUCUACAGACCAUAAUCGUGGUGUAUGUUUUGUCUUCUAGUUUUAUUUGACUGAAAACUUGCUGCUGAUGUUUUAAGAGGAGCUAUUCACCCAUUGAUUAGUCUCUGAAGAGUCUGGCUUUGUCCAAAAAAGUGACAAGAGAAACUAACGCUUCGCAACCCUUAAUCUUAAAUAAAGGUUCAAUAUUUAUUUUUUUAUCUACAGUUUCAUUCACAAGCAUUUUAGUUUAAUUUAUUUGAUUUCCACUUUCCAUUGUUGUAUGUAAUAUUCUGUGAAGGUAGCUGCACCAGAAAUAGAUUUCCCCUGAACCUAGCCACACUGUCUGUGAACAUUGAGCUCCGGGCCAGGUCUCUACGUGUACUUUAAGAAAUGGUGUACAUAAAGAUGUAAUGGUGUAGAUAAAUGUAAGGGAAAAGUAAAAAAAAUGUUCUACAAGCAAAGAAUCCUCAAUCCCAGCAUGGCUGGAACUUUACGAGGCCUUUCUUCCAAAAUAUCCACACUUAAGACCAUGUGACCACUACUAUUAUUUUCCAAACUUUUUUAUAACUUAUGGCCUGUUCUCAGAUGACCUUGCUGCCGUGGCAGAGUAGUCAACCUGGAAGUGGUCCAUUAGGUGUUAGAGUGAAGGAGAUAGACACAGGGAGACAAACAGUCUCCAUAGGCAUGUUCACCCUGGACAAAUACCCUACUUUAAGAUCACACAACAUAAAAAUAAUAUUUUAUUUUAUUUACAACAUAACAAUAUGUACUGUAGCCUAUGUUGCAAAGUAGUGGAACAUUUUCUAUUUUGUUUCAAUGUCAACACAGACAUGUUUUAAAUUGUUGUUUUUCAAGAUUCUGAUUCUUAGCCUACUGUUUGGUUAAUGGUUGUAGUUUGCUUAGUAUUUUAACUACCCUUGUUGCUAUCAGAGUUCCUACUUUGCUAAUCAAUUCUCUGUUGUUGUUUUUCUGUACUGAGCCUCUGUGUUCUUCCUCCGCAGGCAGGACAAGCUCAAGGUUCACAUGCGCAAGCAUACGGGAGAGAAGCCUUACUUGUGCACGCAGUGCGGUGCUGCGUUCGCCCACAACUAUGACCUGAAGAACCACAUGCGCGUGCACACAGGCCUGCGCCCCUACCAGUGCUCCAGCUGCUUUAAGACUUUUGUGCGUUCAGACCACCUGCACCGCCACCUCAAGAAGGACGGAUGCAAUGGCAUCCCCUCCCGCCGGGGCCGCAAGCCUCGGGUGCGGGACCCUGGGCUCCUGGAGGUCCCCAUGGGGCUGGCGGGCCCCGGCCCUCGGAGUGGCAGGGGGAGACGGCGCAUGGAGGCGGCUUCAGCAGCGGUGGUGGAGGAGGCCUCCAGGGCCCAUGCACACAGUCCUCAGCCCCAGGAGAGGGCAGGGGACCUGGGGGAC